UCACAUUUUUGGUUCUCUAACGAAUUUGAUUAAUUUCAUUUCUCUCAUUUGGUCUGUUUGUUUUUUUUCCGCAAUUUAAUUUCGUUUAAUUUGAUUGUUCUGUUUUUGUUUUUCAUCAAUUUUCUAAUUAAUCUCAUGCUAGAAGUGAUUUAAUUUCUCUCUCUUCAAUUUUGAUCCGUGAAAUGGUUUCGCUUAAUAGAAAAGCUUAUUGGAAACAAUUAGCUCCAAGACCUUAUUCAUCUCUAUGGAUUUGGUUUGCUACACGUUCACUUAAACAACAAUCACCUGAUUAUUUUUUACCGCAUGGUUUUGGUUAUACUGAUGAAGAUGAUGUUGAAGACGAAGAUGAUGAUUAUGAUGAUUUAUAUUAUACCAAUGGAGAUACACAUGGUCCUCUUGAAAGUAUUAAUGAUGACGAAUCAAUAGAUUGGUUGGACUCAACAUUGGCCAGUUUGGAUACUUCUAAUUUAGAUUCUUCUAAUUGUGUUGUUCAAAGUAUUCCUGUUGUUGUUAACCAGUCAUUACAAUCAACUGUUAUUAGUGACAAAGAAUCAAAUUCAUCAAAAUCAAAGAUUUCUCGUGUUAAAUCUAAGGAUAAUAAGAGAAGGGAACUUAUUACCAGGAAAACAAAUGAAAUUGACGAUGAAACAAUGAAAAUAUUGGCUAUCAAUGAAUCGCAUACAAUUGUUGUGCUCAAGAGAAAUGAUAAAGGACAAUUUUCAGUAAUCAAUGGAGAUGCUAAGGUUUCCAUGGUGGUUGGUUCAGUUGUUUGUGAUGGUUUCACCCUGGAACCGGAAAAAUCAACUCUCAUAUCAACAGGUUUUGGUAGUUACCAGAUAGUUUUUGAACCGAUUAAAUUUCAAUCAUAUCCUUCAAGGGAACAUCUUAUUGAAAUUUUUGAAAAUUCUACAAUUGAAAUACCAGAAUCAACGAGCUCAACUAUUCUUGAUUAUCUAACUAAUCGUGAUUCAAGUUUGUCCCAAUGUAUAAUCAUUUCAUUCCAAAAAUGGAGGUGGCCUUCAUUAGCCGCUUUAAGAUUAUAUAUUCAACCGAAUGACCUUUCCCAUUGGCUUCAGGUCUCAUUUACCGAUAUCCGAUCACCUGUAGUCCAGUGGUCAGCAAUGUUAAAAAGAUUAGUUCAAGAGGUGAAAUUGAAAACUGAAUCUGCCUCUUCCAGGCCAAUUGAUAAAUCAUCAACUCGAGGACCAAGAAUCAUCAUGUUAGGUGGUGUAAAUGCCGGAAAAUCAAGUCUCACUCGUCACCUUUGUAAUCAGAUAAUCAGCUCAGUUACAGAUGAAUCAUUUAUCGUUGAUUGUGAUCCUGGUCAAUCAGAAUUUUCACCUCCAGGGAUAAUCAAUGCAGCUCGUUUACAAGAUCCAAUUUUAUCACCACCAUUUGUUAAUUGUCUUCGUUUUAACAAAAAUAUUAUCACAAGUUGUUCUGUUGCUGGUAUUGGCCUUCAAAAUAAUCCCGAUCUUUAUAUCUUAUGUGUAAAGUACCUUUGGGAAACAUUUCUCGAUUCAUUAUCUGAAGAAGAUUCUUGUAAACCAGUGAUAAUUAACACAAUCGGUUGGACUCAAGGUCUUGGUAUACAUUUAAUGGUUGACAUAUUACACAUUUUCCAACCAAAUUAUGUUAUUGAAAUUAAACGACAACAAAAUUGGAACGCCAAAGAUAAUUUCCCUUUCGAUUGUAAUCCUGAUACUCUUAAUCAAUUGAAUGGUUGGCUAGUUUAUCAACCUCAACGAGGGUCAACUACAAUUAGUGUUCAAGCAACUUCAAAGUGUUCACUUCAACCUUACCUUAAUUAUGACUAUAUUAGAAUUUCAAAUCAAUCUAAUGCCAAGAAAAAUCCAGGAGAAGCUCGAAAGAAUCGAAUUAGAAAUCAACUUGCUUAUUUGUGUUUAAUGGAUGAAAUAUUGUUCAAAAGUUUAUUCGAACUUGAAUUGGUCUCUCUUAACCUUGAAAAUCUUUAUUUUCAUGUUCAACACGAAUUUGUUAUCGAUAAACAUCUUAUCCCCCAUGUAAUGAAAGAUUCAUGGGUUCAUCUGUGUCUAAUAGAUAAUCCUGAAAGUGAUAAACAACCAAUUGAAACAAUCACUCAACCAUCAACUUCAUCAAUGAUCAUUAAUCCAACAACCUGUUCAAUACCUCCAGGAUUUACAGCCGCUGAUGCUAAUCCAACACUUUGGGAACCACCAAUUAAUGUUAAUUUAAAGAUAUUACCAUUUCUCCGGGAAAAUAAAUGCCUUGGAUCAGCAAUCGUACGAGAUAUUGAUCUAAUUAACAAGAAACUACUCCUAUUGACACCAGAAUCACCUGAAAGAAUCGCUCAAAUUAAUUGCAUUGUUAGACCACAAGGAAUAUUUAUCCCAGAACAAUUACAAUUGGGUAGUAAUCAAUUUUUCAUUGAUAACCAAAAAGUGAUUUAAUCCAAAAAUAAAUAUAUAUCAAUGCAACCACUGAAUAAUAAUUAGAGGGACAUUAAAAGACCACAGGAAGCAGAAGAAAAAAAAUAAAAUAUCCGAUGAAAAAAACAAUCGUCAAUUGAUUUUGAGCAAUAA